AUAUAGUAGAAAAACAUUUUAAUCAUUUCAUUUUCCACAUGGACAAACUCUUAUUCAACUGUUACAUUGGAUAUUUUCUUCUUUGUUCUCUCUUGGUUGUGCAUGGCAAAGAAUUAUCAUGCAAUCAAACCCCGUACCCGCAAGUGUGCAAGCAUUACAUUGACAUUACCAACACAUUAUCAACCCUAGAUGCUUCAUCUUCUUCCUUCCAUGAUAUGGCCCUUAAGGUCACCAUGGUCCAAGCCAUUGAAGCUCACAAACUUGUCUCAAUCAUGGAAUUGAAUAAUUUCAAGGACAAGCGAGCAAAGUCAGCAUGGGAAGAUUGUUUGGAGCUCUAUGAGGACACAAUUCAUCAUCUCAACCACUCAAUGAGGUCAAACAAUCUAAAUGACAAGCUAACUUGGCAAAGUACAUCCAUUGCAAACCAUCAAACAUGCCAAAAUGGUUUCAUUGAAUUCAACCUUCCCUCUCACCUAAACUACUUCCCAUCCAUGUUAAGCAACUUCUCCAAAUUGCUUAGCAAUUCCUUGUCCAUUAGCAAAGCUGUGGCUUUGUCAUCAUCAUCAUUGUCAUCAACCAAACAAAUUGGUGGGAGAAAGUUGCUUUCGGAUGGCUUCCCCCAUUGGUUGUCAGCUUCAGAUAGAAGGCUUCUUCAGGCAACGGAGGGAACACCAAAAGCUGAUAUUGUGGUGGCACAGGAUGGAACUGGGAACUAUAAGACCAUAUCUGAGGGUGUGGCUGUAGCUGCUAAACUCAAAGGGAAAGGACGAGUUGUUUUGCAUGUCAAAGCAGGAGUUUACCGAGAAAGUGUUGAUAUCAAGAAGAUAGUGAAGAACUUAAUGAUCAUUGGAGAUGGGAUUGAUGCCACAAUUGUUACUGGUAACCAUAACGCACAAGAUGGCUCCACUACUUUUCGUUCAGCUACUUUUGCUGUUUCUGGUGAGGGUUUCAUCGCCAAGGACAUAACUUUUGAGAACACAGCAGGACCACAGAAGCACCAAGCGGUGGCUCUCCGGUCCGGCGCCGAUCACUCAGUGUUCUACCGCUGCAGCUUCAAGGGCUACCAAGACACGUUAUAUGUUUACUCCCAACGCCAAUUCUACCGUGAAUGUGACAUAUAUGGAACCAUAGACUUCAUUUUCGGUGAUGCCGUCACAGUCCUUCAAAACUGCAACAUCUACGUGAGAAAACCAAUGAGUAACCAGCAGAACACGGUCACAGCACAAGGAAGAACCGAUCCUAAUGAGAACACAGGAAUUAUCAUCCAUAAUUGUCAUAUUACUUCAUCUGGGGACUUGAAACCUGUUCAAAGCUCUUUCAGAACCUUUCUAGGUCGUCCAUGGCAAAAGUACUCGAGAACAGUGGUCAUGAAGAGUAACUUAGAUGGGUUGAUUAACCCUGCAGGUUGGUCACCGUGGAAUGGAAACUUUGCUUUGAGCACUCUCUAUUAUGGUGAGUAUAUGAAUACAGGACCUGGUGCUAACACAGAAAGGAGGGUAAAAUUAUGGCCAGGGUUUCGAGUAAUCACAGAUCCUACUGAGGCUGUGAAAUUCUCCGUUGGAAAUUUCUUAGCUGGAGACUCGUGGAUUCCUGGUAGUGGCGUGCCGUUUGAUGUAGGUUUGUGAAUACUGAUAAAAAAAAAGUUAUGGAGGUUGGAGUGGGAAGUAAUGUGGGAUAUAGGACUUGGUCGUUUCAAAAAUGGGAUAGUGACUCUUUAUAAAGAUAUAGGGAAAUUGCAGUCAUGUAGAUUGUGUUGGGUUUUCCCUUUUACAGAGGGUACAGAAUAUGUUGUACUUUUAUGUGUUACAUACUUCCAUUAUCGAUCUCUAGGGACAGUCUGUUCAUUUUGUCAA